AUGAAGGUCUUACCGCGAGUGUUCACGUCGGCACCGUACCGUAUAUUCCUGACUUGUCUGUGCAUCCUGCGGCUCCCUCCUGUCAGUGGGGAUGACGGCAUGUCGCCUGUCGUGCCCCUGCUGGCUGAAAACGACGAUGACCAGAUCCCAACCUGGGCACAGAGCAGUGUGGGUCCCACAGAGACCGAGUAUGUGCCCUGCCCAAGAGGCUGCACGUGCAGCCCCCUCGACAAGGAGGCACUGCCGUCUUACGCGGUGGAAUGUAGCGGCGAGGACAUCACAUCCAUAGACCAAAUGGAGCUCCCGGAAAAGACGGUGCAUCUGUUUCUCACCGACACUAGUUUGGAGAAGCUGUCCGCGGAAAACUUUGCCAAUCUGACCUUUCUCAACAGCAUUACUCUAAAACAAAAUCUGAAGCUGAGAACUGUCGAGCCCGGGACUUUCAACAAUCUGAAUGGAUUGACAGCAAUUGUGCUCACUCAUUCGCCUCUGCUGAAGGAAAUUGGCCCGGGGGUAUUUGGAGAUUUGCCUCGCCUGACCAGUUUGUCCCUGGACAGUUGUGGACUAGAGAGUGCGCCAAACCUGACGACUCUUCACCCAAACGAUGAAACUCUUAAGAAAUUAGUUUUGUCGAACAACAAGAUAUUUGCCCUGAAGCCACACACCUUCAGCGGAUUGUCAUUUGAAGUCUACAAUCUCGAUCUCUCUUAUAAUGAUAUUUCGUCCGUCUACGGCAAGGUCUUUGAAGGUGCCAGCAUUGUGAAAUUAGUUUUGUCCAACAACCCCAUCACCUAUAUAGAAGACAACAUCUUUGAAGGGAUAUUGGACCUCCGAGAAGUGCAUCUGGCGGGCACAAGAAUCAGCAAACUACCAACUUUGGGACUGAAGAACAUCAUAGUGCUGGACAUAGAGAACACACCCAAUCUCAAACAUUUCCCACCGCUCUUCAAAUUCGAGAACAUCCAGACUGCCAGGCUUCACUACUUCAGUCACUGCUGUGCGUUCAUCUACAACACUUCGGCAAACCAGCACAUGGCCAAGAUGCAUAAUAUCAUGGAGCCCAGAGACAACUCCUCAUGCUCCACCACGCCUAACCCAAGCUCUGAAGCCGACGAUAUUAGGGAUUCAUCCAAACCGCGCUUUAGCACGGCCCAUCUGGUCGAGGACGAUUUCUUUCAAGACCCAAAGAGUUCACUGAGCAGAGGAAGUUCUGUCAAUUUGUCCAGCAUUUCGCAUUUUCAACCUCCACCGGAUUCACUGUUAACCAACGCUCCUUCCAACAUGCAACCCAGCGUUGAAGAGUUUGACCCCAACAGUGGCUUCAUCGACAACAGUGGCUUCGUGGACCAGACCAUCGACCCCAACAUUACCCACAAGACACAUGGUGACAGUUGCGGUCCUAUCGUGCCCAAGGACUACUCCAAGGUGAACUGUUCACCGCGUCCUGACGCUUUCAACCCGUGCUCUGAUGUCAUGGGAUAUUCGUUCUUGCGCGUCGUUGUUUGGUUCAUCGCUAGCACGGCAAUGGUGGGUAAUCUAAUCGUUAUGGUGGUCUUGAUAGCCUACAAGCGCAAGAUGACCGUACCUAAGUUCCUGAUGUGCAACCUGGCCUUUGCCGAUUUCUGCAUGGGCAUUUACCUGUUAAUUAUCGCCUCUGUCGACGUCUACACCCUUCGUGUCUACUUCAACCACGCCAUUGACUGGCAGUUUGGAGCAGGUUGCAAGAUUGCAGGUUUCAUAUCGGUAUUCUCCAGCGAGUUAUCCGUCUUUACCCUGACGGUACUGACCAUCGAGCGCUGGUACACCAUCAUCUAUGCCAUUGACUUAAACAAACGCAUCCGUCUGAGACAAGCCGGUCGCAUUUUGCUGGGAGGUUGGUUUUUCGCCGUAAUUAUCGCCUCACUGCCGUUCUUUGGCUUUGCUGCCUACGGUGUAACCAGCAUGUGCCUUCCCUUUUACGUCCGCACCACCGAUGGUGCAGCAUCGGUAGCCUACGUCAUUUUCAUCUUGCUGUUUAACGCCCUGGCCUUUAUCGUGAUCUGCGCAUGCUACAUCAAAAUGUACGUCACGGUGAGAAACCCUCAUUCCGCCAUGCAGAGGAAGGACUCAAAAGUAGCUAAGCGAAUGGCUGUCCUCAUCUUCACCGAUCUGGCCUGUUGGGCUCCAAUCGCCAUCAAUGGCCUGUCGUCGAUAUUCCAGGAUCAGAAGCAUGGGUUCCUUACUACCGAUCAAAGCAAGGUCUUCAUCGUGCUGUUUUACCCGAUCAAUUCCUGUGCCAACCCUUUCCUGUACGCCAUCUUCACCAGAGCAUUCCGCCGCGACAUGUUCCUCCUCCUAGCCAAGCACGGCAUGUGUGAGAAGCGCGCCAUGAAGUACCGUCCGACAUGCACCAGUAGCCCGCGCUCCAUGUCACAAGUCAACUCCACCACGAUGAGAGACGUCAACCCCAAGGGAUCCCAUCGUGGUUCCUCAGCCUCUGUCAUGACGCAGAUUACGAGUGAAGCACGCCCCUCCAUGGUGUCCUACGACAAAGACAGUCCAGACAACAGCCCCAAGAUGAAUAUCGAGCUGCAGCUGGUGGUGACGAUGGGCAGUAACUCACAUCAGAAUCAACCUACCGUGGAUAUGAGUCAGAACCAAUGGGAUGCACCACCUUUAGCCCCGAUAGCCAGCAACAAGGUCGGCGGCAGCAAGAAACCCAAUGAGCACGUCUAUGUCGUCGAUGGCCUGCCACCGGUUCCCGAAGAACUCAACGGUGAUCGUAAUGAGAUUCCAUCUUACUCCCCUACGAGCAAGAGCAAGCAGGGAGAGAAUCAGAGACUCUGCCGGAGACAAAUAAGCCCGCGUAUCGUAGAGCACUGCAUCACUGAUGACAACAGCGAAGAUAACUCGAGAAGUAAGGAGAGUUCGUCGCUACUUCCACAGGUAGAGUGGGAUCAGGAAUCGUCCAAGGAAACAAGGAAGAACAGCCGUGCCGAUAGUGGGAUACAGUCUGUCUCAACGACACCGACUGAUCGAGAUGUCACAUGCAAGGCGAUGCAAAUGAAUCUGGGUAGGUCAGACGAUUUUGAGACUAGCCUCUGAGCCUAACGAUUUUAGUACAAUCACCCACUACCACAGUACGGGUAGCCACAAAGAACUGCGCAUCUUGGGCGGCCUUUUACAAGGAAAUGACCAGAAAGGAAUCGACGCAUUGUUUUAACUGUCAAACUUGUUCACUGCUGGCUGCCAUUUUGUACCCCGUUAUUCCUGAACCCAAAUGUACUGUGAAGUUUGUGUUACUCGACUGCAUCUGGUCGUUGGAUUUGUUAUGAUAAUGAUUAUGAGAGCAGGUAUUUGUAAAGCGCUUUUACGCCGCAGCGGGGUUAUCAAAGCGCUUUACAAUUAUAUUUUCCGUUUCAACGAGCUAACACUCCUGAAACCUCAACUCGCUAGGGAACAUACACGACCGGUAGGAAGCCGUUUCGGUGCUCUUGGCCGUAAUUAACCUCUCACAGUAGCCAACACUGCCCUCACAGGUACCCAUCUACUCCUGGGUGGAGAGGAGCAAUGAGUGACAAAGCGCCUUGCUCAAGGGCACACGCACCGUAACCCACAACCUGCAGAAUUACCCGCAGACCACAACUUCAUUGUCCAGACCACUAUGCCUUGUAGCAACGAGUUGACCCGAAAUCGCUUUCUUCAUAUCUGAGAAAUAUUAAUGAAACAUGAUGCGUUAUUGUGAAUCUUUACUAUAAGGAGAAGGAGUGUUUUCUUCUCAAGUUUUGACAUUUAAAUGUAUCGUCAGCGAAAAAAAAGCUGUAAAUGUUAUUAUCAAUUUUCUUAACGGUAACCUAAUAAACAUGAGACGAGGUGUGUUUUUUAUUAUGGAAAAUGGCCCAACAAAACCCGGAUAAAUAAUGUGCAAGAUGUCACACAAAACGUCGUGAUCAAGUUUUAUGUAGGAACUACCGUUAUGAUAUUGAACUACGUUCAGGGUGUCAUCGGUAGUUAAGAUAGGCCUCCUUUUCCAUCUCUUAAACGAGUUGUCGUGCAAUUGUGUAUUAUAACAUACGUAGUGUAAAUAUAUAGCCUACUUUAAAUUAGUAUGAAAUAUACUAGAAUAUCUGAAGAGAAUGUAUAAUUAUCCGUUUUUAUAUGUAUCCUAUCCCAACUGAUGUAAGAUAUAUGAAAGUCCUCGUAAACAGUUCAUAUCGAAAAUGCUUCAUAAAGAUUGCUUUGUAUAUAUUGCUUGAAAAUAUUUUUGUGGUAGGCACCUCGAACAAUAUAAAGAGUGCAUUGAAGUGUAUCGUAUCUCAUUUUAAGACGACCGGUGUUAAUACUGGUAAACCUAAAGGCUAUUUAGGAGCAAAUGGUCGCUGCUACUGAUUAAUUGCACAGGUAGCGCCAGUAUCAGAACUCCAGUGGUACCACUUAUGAUAAUUUAUGUUUU